CUUUUGCUCCGUGCGGACGAAAGCAUGGAGGAAGGCGAAAGCAAGUACGCUCUGCCCGGCGUUGGUCGCUGGCUGUUUGGAUUAGGCUGCACCCCGUGAACCCUAGUUACGAGGAGAUUUUGCACUUGUGACUGAUCUCGAUAGAGGAGCAAUUUACGUGGGUACCAUGGGUCAGGCCUUGGAUGACUUGGUUCCUCUCCCUUUCAACGGGGUCGUACGUCCUGUUUCCGUUGACUACGACCCACGGGAACAAAUGGUGUACUGGACCGACAUAUCCAGUCAGCCUUCGCCUAAGAUCUCCAGAGCAAAUAUCGACGGGAGCAACCAAACAACAAUUGUGGACGGUUUGGAAGUCCCGGACGGAUUGGCCCUUGAUGUUGUGGCAAGGAUGGUGUAUUGGACAGACGAUGGCCUGAGACACAUGGGGCGAACGUCUAUGGACGGCAAUGGAAGCAAAGAAAUCAUCCUGGAAAGUCUGGACCAUCCAAGAGCUAUUAUAGUUGACCACGACAAUGGACACAUCUAUUGGACGGACUGGGGAUCAACAGGAAAGAUCGAGAGAGCAGACUUAAACGGCAAUAACAGGAUAGAAAUAAUAAACAAUGAUCUUCGCUGGCCUAAUGGUAUCGCCAAGGACGGAAACUACUUGUACUGGUGUGAUGCUUAUCUCGACAAAAUCGAGCGCAGUGACCUGUCGGGAAACAAUCGGACACUUGUCGUCGACCUCUCCCGUUCCGGGCUGAUUCAUCCGUUUGAUGUCGCCGUAUACAAUAACUCGGUGUACUGGACCGACUGGCAUGAUCAUUCAGUUGGUCAUCUCCUUCCAAAUGGAACAGUAGGAUCCAUCGGCCCAUCGGUCCUCGCACAGGCCUGGGGUCUUCAUAUCGAGAAAGCGAAUAACUCCUGCGACAGUUCCCCUUGUAGCUCAAACGCCACCUGUGUAGAUGUCAUCAACGGGUUUUCUUGUCUGUGCCCAAUGGGAUACGACGGACCAACCUGUGAACUUGCCGCUCUUCGUCUGGUCGGUAACACAACUCGCAGUGAGGGACGUCUGGAAAUCUUUCUCAACGGUGAAUGGGGAACGGUGUGCGAUAACUCCUGGGAACAAGAGGAUGCCGAUGUGGCUUGCCGGCAGCUUGGCUUCCCGGCAGGGGCCAAUGCAGCUACAAGUGGCGCGAUGUACGGUGGGGGUUCUGGACCAAUUCAUGUGGACAAUGUGACGUGCACAGGUCAAGAAGACUAUUUGGAGCAUUGCCAGCAUGUUGGGAAUGGAGUUCAUAAUUGUACCCAUGAUGAGGAUGCAGGUGUUUGGUGUUCACCCUCAGUUCGUUUGGUCAACGGGUCAAGUCCCAACGAAGGUCGUGUGGAGGUGUUAUGGAAGGGUGUGUGGGGGACUGUCUGUGAUGACGGUUGGGACGUGGAUGAUGCUACUGUGGUCUGCCGACAGCUGGGCUUUGUUGGAGCUCGUGUGGAGGCCUUCCCAGCUGCUGCGUUCGGUCAGGGCUACGGGCUGCCGAUAUUGCUAGAUGAUCUCAGAUGCGUCGGUGACGAGGACUCGGUGUUUGAAUGUGGGCACAGAGGGAUAGGGAGUCAUUACUGUGUACAUCAAGAAGAUGCAGGGGUCCGUUGUGCCGAGCUCCGUCUUGUCGGCGGCAGAACCCAUAACGAAGGUCGGCUUGAGGUCCUCGUUGCGGGUGUGUGGGGCACAGUGUGUGACGAAUCUUGGGGAGUGGUAGACGCUGGAGUUGCAUGCCACCAGCUUGGCUUCCCCGGUGUGAUCAAUGCUACCCGAGGCGGAGCUUUUGGAACUGGACACGGGCCAAUUCACUUUGGUAACGUAACGUGCUCUGGCCAGGACACCAAGCUACAAGAUUGUCAACUCAGCACCGGCGAGGCACUUCAUUGCACUCAUAGUCAGGAUGCAGGCAUGGUGUGUAGCCCUUCAGUGCGCUUGGUGGGUGGUUUGAGCUCAACUGAAGGUCGCGUUGAGGUGUUUUUCCGCGGUGCCUGGGGAACCGUCUGCGGCUACUCCUGGGGAUUGAUCGAUGCUUCUGUCGUCUGCAAGGGACUUGGUUUCUCCAGAGCAGUGGAAACGCCAACCUUCGGAAGGAACUAUGCAUUGGACAUAUUGCUGGAUAAUCUUGAUUGUGACGGUGACGAGUGGACGUUGUUUGACUGUCGGCACAAUGGGCCUGGGAUUCACCGUUGUACUUAUUAUCAGGAUGCAGGUGUCCGAUGUGAUGCUUGUAGCAAUGACGUCUGUGUAAAUGGCGGCACUUGCAACACUGUUGCGAAUGGUAUCUCAUGCCAUUGCCCAUCAGGUUAUAGCGGACCCUCUUGUGAAUUUGCUGGACUUCGUCUUGUUGGCGGUAAUGUCAGCAGCGAGGGGCGGCUUGAGGUACUACUGAACGGUGAAUGGGGUACGGUGUGUGCCGACUCCUGGGGACUGGAGGACGCCCAGGUGGCUUGCAGGCAGCUCGGCUUCCCUGGUGGUAUGGAGGCUACUCCAGGUGGAUCUUAUGGGAGAGGAACAGGGCCGAUUCAUCUAAGCGGUAUCAUGUGCUCCGGCCAAGAAAGCAACCUUGAGAAUUGUACCCACAGCGGAAUCGGGAUACAUAACUGCACUCAUGCCAACGAUGCAGGCAUCGUGUGCAAUCCAAAAGUUCGUUUGGCAGACGGUCAAAGCUCCAACGAGGGUCGUGUUGAAGUGUUCUGGAAUGGUGCUUGGGGGACGGUCUGCGAUAAUUACUGGGACAUCAUCAACGCCAAUGUCGUCUGUCGUGAAUUAGGCUACUCCCAAGCAGUUCAGGCCCUGCGGUAUGCUGCAUUCGGCCAAGGGGACGAAUUUGACAUACUACUCGACAAUGUUCAGUGCAGUGGUGACGAAGAUACAAUAUUUGAUUGUCCUCACAACGGCUUGGGUCUCCACGACUGUCGACAUUAUGAGGAUGCUGGGGUCCGAUGUGAACCGUGCGACAGCGACCCGUGUAAUAAUGGAGGAACUUGCACCAGUACGCUAUUGGGAAACAUAACUUGCCUCUGUCCCGAGGGAUACAGCGGACGCACGUGCGAUUAUGCUGAACUUCGUCUCAUCGGAGGCAGAACCCCUAACGAAGGCCGGAUCGAGAUCUUCCUCAACGGUACAUGGGGCACACUCUGUGAUAGCUCUUGGGGACAGGAAGAAGCACGGGUGGCCUGUCGACAGUUGGGAUUUCCUGGUGUCGUUGAAGCGACAACGAGCCAGUCUUACGGGAAUGGGAGCGGGCCGAUUCACCUGGACAAUAUUGUGUGCAGUAGUACAGACAACAGCCUAGAGAGCUGUCAGCACAGCGGGGUCGGGGUCCAUGCUUGUAAUCAUACAAUGGAUGUUGCCGUUGUUUGUUCUCCAGCAGUUCGUUUGGUCGAUGGUUCCAGCUCCAUCGAAGGCCGUGUGGAAGUGUUUUAUGAUGGGGCGUGGCGAACCGUCUGCGACAAUGGUUGGGACACCAGCGAUGCUACUGUCGUCUGCCGAGAACUGGGUUUCGGCGAAGCAACAUUCGCUUUCUCAGAUGCAUUCUUCGGCUCAAAUUAUGAUCUUGAGAUACUGCCGCAUGAUCUCAUGUGUCAUGGCAAUGAGAAAACGUUGUUUGAUUGCGAGCAUGGCGGGGCUGCAAGUCGUUACUGCAGUCAUUAUGAGGAUGCUGGUGUCCGUUGUGCCAAUAUUCGUCUUGAAGACGGCCACAUCCGUAAUGAGGGUCGUAUUGAGGUCUUCCUCAACGGUGAAUGGGGUACGGUGUGUGAGGACUCCUGGGGACUACCUGAUGCCCAGGUGGCUUGCAGGCAGCUCGGCUUCCCUGAUGCCAUCGAGGCGACCCAAGGCGGUGCUUUUCCAAGUGGAAUGGGACCAAUUCACUUGGCCGGCCUUAUGUGCACCAGUGCUGAAUCGAGUCUAGACAGAUGUCCGCAAGGCGGUAUGGGAGUCGGAAACUGCACUCACUUUCAGGAUGCUGGAGUCAUCUGCUCCACUGCAGUGCGUUUGGUUGGCGGGUCCAGCUCUAACGAGGGAAGAGUGGAGAUAUUUUGGGACGGCAUCUGGGGAAACAUAUGUGGUGAUUAUGUUUGGAGUAUCAUUGAAGCCGAAGUUAUUUGCAAAGAAUUGGGCUUUUCGAGAGCCGUGCGGGCUCUGUCCUUUGGACAAAGCUUCGGCCUUGUCACUCUGCUGUCAUAUGUAAGGUGUACGGGAAACGAAGAGACGAUUUUCGCUUGCAGACAUAGUGACCCGGGAUUCGACUUCUGCAGCAUUUUCGGUGACGGGUAUGCAGGAGUACGGUGUGAACCCUGUGACAGCAGACCAUGCAUGAACGGAGGAACCUGCAGGAGCUCCAGUGCUAAUUUCACCUGUAACUGCCCCGCAGGUUUCACUGGCCAAACGUGUGCCUAUGCUGAACUUCGCCUUGUAGGCGGAAGCCACCAUUACGAAGGCCGACUGGAGAUCUCUUUUAACGGCACGUGGGGUACAGUGUGUGGGGACCUCUGGGGAUUGGAAGACGCCCAAGUAGCAUGCCGACAGCUCGGUUUCCCUGGUGUAAUACGAGCUUCGCAAGGUGGAUCAUUCGGAAGUGGAACAGGGCCGAUUUAUCUCGACGAUCUCAUCUGUAAUGGACGCGAGAUCAACCUAGAGAGUUGUGGACAUGCCGGCAUUGGAAUCCACAACUGCAACCAUACCAACGACGCCGGCGUCACAUGCCAGCCCGCAGUCCGUUUGGUAAAUGGUGCUACCCUAAAUGAGGGGCGUGUAGAGGUCUACGCUGGUGGUGAAUGGGGAACCAUCUGUGAUGACCGUUGGGACUUGACGAAUGCCGCCGUCGUCUGCCGGGAAUUGGGUUUAGGUGACGCACUGAAGGCUCUGUCUAGGGCUGUCUUUGGGUACGGUAAUGGGAUGCCGAUACUGCUGGAUAACGUUGCUUGCACCGGGCAGGAAGACACGGUUCUCGAUUGCCGACAUGCGGGAAUCGGGAGUCACAAUUGCGGGCAUGCUGAAGAUGCAGGAGUUCGAUGUGGACGAAUUCGUCUUGCUGACGGCAACAUUGAAAACGCAGGCCGCGUAGAGGUCUUCGUCAACAGUGAAUGGGGUACGGUGUGUGACGACUCUUGGGGGCUGCAGGACGCACAGGUGGCUUGCAGGCAGCUCGGCUUCCCUGGUGCCAUCGAGGCGACCCAAGGAGGAUCAUUUGGAAGUGGCUCUGAUCCGAUACACCUUGUUGAUGUUGCUUGCACUGGUUCUGAAAAUAACCUGGAGAGUUGUCCACAUGGUGGUAUCGGGGUUAAUAAUUGCACUCAUAGCGAGGAUGCAGGCAUCACGUGUGAACCUCGAGUUCGUUUGGUCGACGGUUCAAGUUCCAACGAAGGUCGUGUGGAAGUUUUUGUGAAUGGUUCCUGGGGAACCAUUUGUGACGAUAGCUGGGGUCUGAAUGAUGCUAGGGUCAUCUGCCACCAGCUGGGCUACUCUAGCGCACUACGGGCUCUAACAAGCGGUUACUUUGGAGGGAACUAUGGACUCGACAUACUGCUGGAUAAUGUUGCAUGCACUGGUAUCGAAGAGACCGUGUUGGACUGUCGGCACAAUGGACUGGGAAACCACAAUUGUAGACAUUAUGAAGAUGCUGGUGUCCGAUGUGAGCCCUGUGACAGCAGACCCUGUAUGAACGGUGGAACUUGUUCCAGUUACCCUGCUGGCUUUACUUGCAGAUGUGCAUCAGGUUAUAGUGGACCAACCUGUGAAUAUGCGGAACUUCGCCUCGUCAACGGCAGUGCGCGUAAUGAAGGUCGGCUUGAGAUAUCCUUCAAUGGCACGUGGGGCACGGUGUGUGGUGACCUCUGGGGCCUAGAAGACGCUCAAGUCGCUUGCCGACAGCUUGGUUUCCCUGCUGUGGUGCAGGCUGCAGCAGGAGGGUCUUUUGGAAGCGGCACUGGGCCAAUUUACCUGGAUGAUCUCAUGUGCAACGGUCAGGAAAGCAAUCUGGAAAGUUGUCCGCACAGCGGGAUCGGCGUCCAUAAUUGUAAUCAUGCAAAUGAUGCUGCCCUCGUAUGUGAUCCAGCAGUCCGCCUUGUUGGAGGUUCAACUACUAAUGAAGGACGUGUGGAGGUCUACUCUGGUGGUGCUUGGGGAACUAUCUGCGAUGAUGGCUGGGACCUGCGUGACGCGGCUGUCAUCUGUCGUGAGUUAGGUCUCGGCGGAGCGGUAGGAGCUUUGACGCAGGCUGUCUUUGGUCAGGGCUCUGGUCUGGACAUACUGCUGGAUAAUGUCGCUUGCAGUGGUGACGAGGAGACGGUGUUUGACUGCCGGCACAGAGGCUUGGGGGUUCACUCUUGUUAUCAUUUUGAGGAUGCCGGAGUCCGAUGUGGUAAAGCUCGGCUUGUUGGCGGAGACACCCAUAACGAAGGCCGGUUGGAGGUCUUCCUGAACGGUGAAUGGGGUACGGUGUGUGAAGACUCCUGGGGACUAGAUGAUGCACUGGUGGCUUGCAGGCAGCUCGGCUUCCCUGGUGCCAUCGAGGCGACCCAAGGAGGAUCAUUUGGAAGUGGCUCUGGUCCGAUACACCUCGAUGAUGUUGCUUGCACUGGUACUGAAAAUAACCUGGAGAGUUGUCCACACGGUGGUAUCGGGGUUCAUAACUGCACACAUAAUCAGGAUGCAGGCAUCACGUGUAGCCCAUCAGUUCGUUUGGUGGACGGUGAAAGUUCCAACGAAGGUCGUGUGGAGGUUUUCGUGACUGGUUCCUGGGGAACCGUUUGUGACGAUAGCUGGGGUCUGAACGAUGCUAGGGUCAUCUGCCGCCAGCUGGGCUACUCUAGCGCACUACAGUCCUUUGCAAGUGCUUACUUUGGAGGGAACUAUGGACUCAGCAUACUGCUGGAUAAUGUUGCAUGCACUGGUAACGAAGAGACCGUGUUGGACUGUCGGCACAAUGGAUUUGGAAACCACAAUUGUAGACAUAGUGAAGACGCUGGUGUUCGAUGUGAGCCCUGUGACAGCGGGCCUUGUAGGAAUGGUGGCACUUGCUCUAGUUCCAGUACCGGUUUUACGUGCAGCUGCCCUUCAGGAUACGGUGGACCCACCUGUGCAUUUGCGGAACUUCGCCUCGUCAACGGCAGCACGCGUAAUGAAGGUCGGCUUGAGAUGUCCUUCAACGGCACGUGGGGCACGGUGUGUGGUGACCUCUGGGGGCUAGAAGACGCUCGAGUCGCUUGCCGACAGCUCGGUUUCCCUGCUGUGGUGCAGGCUGCAGCAGGAGGGUCUUUUGGAAGCGGCACUGGGCCAAUUUACCUGGAUGAUCUCAUGUGCAACGGCCAGGAAAGCAAUCUGGAAAGUUGUACGCACAGCGGGAUCGGAGUUCAUAAUUGCAAUCACACAAAUGACGCUGGUAUCAUCUGUUCACCACGAGUUCGUCUGGUAGAUGGUUCGAACACAAAAGAAGGACGUGUGGAGGUGUACUCCAACGGUUGGGGGACCGUAUGCGAUGAUGGCUGGGGCCUGAAUGACGCUGCUGUUAUCUGCCGGGAGCUUGGCUUUGGAGAAGCAGUACAGGCUUUGUCAAAUGCUGCUUUUGGCAGGGGCGAUGGUCUACCGAUACUACUUGCUAGUCUGUCCUGUACCGGUAACGAAGAGACGGUGUUUGAUUGUCCGCACCUUGGAAUCGGGGUUCACUAUUGUGGGCACUAUGAGGACGCUGGAGUCCGAUGUGAAAAUAUCCGUGUUGUUGGUGGCAACGUCUAUAGCGAGGGUCGCCUAGAAAUCUUCAUCGAUGGUGAAUGGGGUACGGUGUGUGCCGACUCCUGGGGACUAGAGGACGCCCAGGUGGCUUGCAGGCAGCUCGGCUUCCCUGGUGCUAGUGAGGUUACCCUAGGAGGGUCCUUUGGAAGUGGCAGCGGGCCGAUACAUUUUGACGACCUCGCUUGUACUGGUUCUGAAACAGACCUUGGAAGUUGCCAGCACGCCGGGAUCGGUAUCCAUAAUUGUUCUCACGACCAAGAUGCAGGCGUCAAGUGCACUCCUAGAGUUCGUUUGGUUGACGGUGCGAGCUCCAAUGAAGGUCGUGUGGAGGUGUUCUGGAACGGUGCAUGGGGAACAGUCUGCAACGAUUACUGGGGAAUAAAUGACGCUACGGUCAUCUGCCGUGAAUUGGGCUUCUCAACAGCAAGACGCGCCGUAACAGACGGUUCCUUCGGAGGGAACUAUGGGCUGAGCAUAUUUCUGGAUAAUGUUCAAUGUACUGGUAACGAAGAGACCGUGUUUAACUGCCAGCACAACGGGCUUGGGAACCACAAUUGUCGUCAUUACGAGGAUGCCGGUGUCCGAUGCGAGCCAUGUGACAGUAGACCAUGCAUGAACGGAGGAACAUGCAACAGUACAUCUUCUGGAUCUUACACCUGUCUCUGUCCAGUGGGUUUCAGCGGAAUAAACUGCGAUUCUGCCGCACUUCGCCUCGUCAACGGCAGCACGCGUUACGAAGGUCGGCUUGAGAUAUCCUUCAACGGCACAUGGGGCACAGUUUGUGGCGACCUCUGGAGCCUAGAAGACGCUCGAGUCGCUUGCCGACAGCUCGGUUUCCCUGAUGCCACAGAGGCUGCUAGAGGAGGGUCUUUUGGAAGCGGCACUGGGCCGAUUUACCUGGAUGAUCUCAUGUGCAGCGGUGUAGAAAACGAUCUGGAAAGUUGUCCGCACAGCGGGAUCGGCGUCCAUAAUUGCAAUCAUGCAAAUGAUGCUGGUAUCAUCUGUGUUCCAUCAGUCCGCCUAGUAGGAGGUUCCACGACCACUGAGGGACGUGUGGAGGUCUACUCUGGUGGUGCUUGGGGAACUAUCUGCGAUGAUGGCUGGGACCUGCGUGACGCUGCUGUAGUCUGUCGUGAGUUAGGUCUCGGCGGAGCGGUAGGAGCUCUGACGAGGGCUUACUUUGGUCAGGGCUCUGGUCUGGAGAUACUGUUGGAUAAUGUCGCUUGUGUUGGUGACGAGGAGACGGUCUUUGACUGCCAGCAUAGAGGGUUGGGCAUCCACUCUUGUUCUCACUACGAGGAUGCUGGAGUCCGAUGUGCUGAACUUCGUCUCGUUGGAGGUAACACUCGUUAUGAAGGCCGGCUUCAAAUCUUCCUGAACGGGGAAUGGGGAACGAUUUGUGGCAACUCCUGGGGACUUGUGGAAGCUGGGGUAGCUUGCCGGCAGCUAGGCUUCCCUGGUGCCCUUGAAGCUACCCGUGGCCACGGAUUUGGAAAUGCAACUGGGCCGAUUCAUCUCCAGAAUGUUACCUGCACUGGUUCUGAAAACGAGCUGAAUGGUUGUCAGUAUAGCUGGACUGGGGUCAAUACUUGCACCAACCACAGUGAAGAUGCAGGCAUCAUUUGUACUCCAGUUGUUCGCUUGGUUGACGGUUCGUACCCCCACGAAGGUCGUGUAGAAGUGUUCUUGAAUGGUGCCUGGGGAACAGUUUGUGAUGACUACUGGGGAACCAAUGAUGCCAAUGUCGUCUGUCGUGAACUAGGCUACUCCCGAGCACUUCAGGCAUUACGAAAUGCUUUUUUCGGCGGAGGGACCGGACUGAUACUUCUAGACAAUGUUGGCUGUACUGGUUACGAAGAGACGAUAUUGGAUUGCUCUCACGGAGGUGUGGGAGUCCACAAUUGCGGACAUUACGAGGAUGCCGGGGUCAGAUGUGAACCUUGUGGCAACAAUCCAUGCAGGAACGGUGGAAAUUGCACAAGUACGAGCAGCGGUUUUACUUGUCAGUGCUCCGAAGGGUAUACUGGAACAACAUGUAACAUUGCUGAUGCGCGUCUCGCCGAUGGCAGAACCUAUAACGAGGGCCGGCUGGAGAUCUUCCUCAACGGUGAAUGGGGUACGGUGUGUGACGACUCCUGGGGACUAGAUGAUGCACAGGUGGCUUGCAGGCAGCUGGGCUUCCCUAAUGCUUCCAUGGCAACCCGGGGUGGCACCUACGGGAGCGGAAUGGGACCGAUUCAUCUCAGAAAUGUUACAUGCACUGGACUCGAGGACAGCGUGGAGAGUUGUCCGUAUAGUAGAGACGAAAUGCAUCGGUGUAAUCACACCCAGGAUGUGGGUAUCGUGUGUUCGCCCUCAGUUCGUUUGAGAGAUGGACUGACGUCCGCAGAAGGGCUUGUUGAGGUGUUCAUUGAUGGGGGGUGGUUGUCCAUCUGCAGCCCUGCCUUCCUACCAGGCACAGGAUGGGAUUUGUCUGCUGCUAAUGUCGUCUGUCGGCAACUUGGCUUCGCCGGCGCAUUACACACUCUGACUAUGGAUGGUGGUUAUUUUUUUGACGUGUCACUGAGCCGUUUGCACUGUGAGGGAGACGAACGAUCUAUCUUUGAUUGCGACUUCUCAGUUGAGUCUUCAUUCUGCUACCCCGAGGAAAUUGCAGGUGUCCGAUGCAUUGUUGGUUGUCAGUUAGAGGCUCCUGAGCCAUCUAGUGUUGUCAUGAUCGCAUCAUCCAACAUGACGGCUUAUUCUCCUGGUGACUCGGUGAACUAUUUCUGCCCCGAUGGAUACCUGCUCAGCGGAUCCGCUACGCGGAUAUGCCAGUCAAACCUGACCUGGUCUGGCCAACCAGCUGAUUGCAUUCAGGAUCCCUGUGGCAGUGGACCUUGUGGAAAUAGGGGAACUUGCACCAGUAUGCCGAGUGGCUUCACGUGCCUAUGCCCUGAUGGCUACGAAGGACCAACUUGUGCAGAGGUUGCCCAUUGCUUGCUGAACAUAUCCGAUAUCCUCAUAGUGGUAUCAGGCCAGCAGGCUAUGUAUCUUCCCGGUGACUGGGUUCAGUUUGCCUGCCCGGACGGAUACCAUCUCCUUGGGUCUGAUAGGCGGGUUUGUCAGUCCGACUCCACGUGGUCCGGUCUACCAACUGAAUGCAGCGAAGACCAUUGUACUAACGAACCAUGUGUGAACGGAGGAACUUGCACCCGCACACCAAGCGGCUUCAGUUGCCUUUGCACUGUUGGUUUCAUUGGAUCAAAUUGUGAUGUUGAUGUUUGUGCCAGCGGACCGUGCUUGAAUGGGGGAACUUGCGUCGGCGUUACUGAGGGGUAUACUUGCCAAUGUCCUGCUGGGUACGAUGGGUCUGCAUGUGAAAACGUUACACAUUGUGUGGUAAGCCUUGACCCAUCCGAUGUCCUCAUGGUGAUAUCCCAAGAGCAGUCUGUAUAUCUCCCCGGUGACCUAGUUGAGUAUUCCUGCCCGGACGGAUAUCAUCUGGACGGAUCAGCCAUCAGGAUUUGUCGGUCUGAUUUGACUUGGUCUGGGCGGCCAGCUCAGUGCGUUGAAGAGAAUUGUGGUAGUUUGCCUUGUCUUAACGGGGGCUCUUGUAUGAGUUCACCCGACGGGUUCACCUGCAACUGUUCAUAUGGCUACGAGGGUCGUACCUGUGCAACUGUCGCACAGUGCUUACUUCGUCAUAAUUCAUCCGACGUCCUCAUGCUGCUAUCGGGUCAGCAGGAUGUAUACACUCCUGGUGACUCAGUUCAGUAUGCCUGCCCCGUCGGAUAUCAUCUGGACGGAUCAGCCAUCAGGUUUUGUCAGUCUGAUUUCAUGUGGUCUGGGCGGCCAGCUCAAUGCAUUGAAGAGAAUUGCGAUAGCGGACCAUGUCUGGUCGGGGGAACAUGCAUCAGUUCAACUGACGGGUUCACGUGCCAAUGUCCAGAUGGCUACGAGGGUCGUACCUGUGGAAAUGUUGUCCACUGCGUGGUAAGCCUUGAUCCAUCUGGUGUCCUCGUGGUGGUAUCAGACCAGCAGGAUAUAUACCUUCCUGGUGAACUGGUUCAGUUUGAUUGUCCAGAUGGGUAUUACCUGAGAGGGUCCGCCAACAGGAUUUGCCAGACAGACUUCACUUGGUCGGGAAAGCCAGCUGAGUGCAUUGCAGAUCCAUGUAACAGUUCACCGUGUUCAAACGGAGGAAACUGCACCAGUAACCUCGGCGAGCUCACCUGCCGGUGCCCGGUCGGCUUCGGGGGAUCAACAUGUGCAGACGAAACUGGGUGCGCGCCUCCUUCUGUAUCAAGCAAUAUGACGUUGGGUGAGACCCACCCCUGGUUUAAAUACGGGGAUGAGGUCACCCUCACCUGCGACAAGGGAUACGAGAUCGAAGGAUCAAAGGAUCAGGCCGUUAAGAGUGUCUGCCGCUCCAAUGGGACUUGGUCCGGUCAACCAGUGAAAUGCAUUCCAGCGGAGUCUACAAAAGGUCCAAAUGCUGGGAUCAGUGCGCCUACUAUCGGUGGAGUUGUUGGCGGCAUCAUUCUGCUCAUUCUCCUCGUCUUGAUUGCAGCCGUCCUCAUCAAGAAAUGGAGAGGUCAUCAAUCAGGCUCUCCGGUUUUUCUGGGACUCCAAGGCGAUGAUGUGAGUCUGUCUACAUACAGCAAUCCCAUGUUCACCAAAUCUGCCGAGUAAUUUACUCGGGUCUUUGUUACUACGCCAAUAAUAUGAUGUAUAUCAGUCAUAUCUGACAAUACUCAGUUAUGAGAUAUUAUUUGUUGUAUAAUUUCGUAUAUGCAUUGGGGUUUUUUGUAUUCAAGGUACUUGGAUUCCGUAAUAAAACUUUCAAUUCAAUUCAUUUCAUUUCAAUAUCACAUUUGUUUCCAUACUUAAACUUCUGUAUUCAAAAAGAAAAUACAACAGCAUAUACAAUCUUAGACAAUUAAUAGGAGUGAAAUACAUUACAAGAAGUGUAAAAUCAUAUGAAGUCAACAAACGUACGUAAGCUAAGCAUAAAAUAACGUGGUAAGCAACAAAGUGAUAUGCAGUAAUUAAUGAACAGCUUAUGUAUUAAGCAGAAAAUCCAUAAUUUACUCACACUAUAUGUGCAUUAAGAAUUUUUAAGUACUUGUCAUGUGGGAAAAUAAUUUUAAGGUGAUAAAAUUACCAUAGUUGUGUACACAGGUAAUAUAUAUUUUACAGUAAAAGAGUGCGCUUUUUAUUCAUUAAAAUCUGUCAACAGACUUAUUACACUUUGGACAUAUGUUGUGAGUAAGGAACGGUUAACCUCAAAUUGAAGCUAACCGUCGAAAGGGAACGCUAUAUCUAUGUCUUGAGUGUUAUCCGAGAGUGUUCGCAUGAUUAUUCGAUUUGUAUUGUGAUUAACUUUAGUUGGUGUUUAAUAUGUACAUGUAUAAUCAAGAUGGUGAUCACAGGAGUAAGUAAGUAACUGCCGUAACGGUUAAAUUACCUUACAACAAAGGUUCAAAUGACGACACAACAUAGCUUUUGGUAAACCUUAUACAUACUUGAAAUGUAACCUAAAGAAAUCCACGGUGAUUUCAUUCAAAUCAAAAUCACAGUAUGGUAUAGCGAUGUCAUCAAUCUGAAAAAGCUUAACAUAGAUAAUUAUGUUUUAAUGCGACACCUAAAAAAUACAACGAUAUGUUGCAUUACUCUCUAAAUUCCAAAGAGUGAAAUUAGAAACUAAUUUAAUAAUAAUAAUUAUAUUCUUAUAUAGCGCCAAAUCCUUCAAAUUGACGUUCAAGGCGCUUUACAAUCAUUAACAAAAACCAAACAAAAAACAAAAAAACUAUUUCAAUCUUUCUUUCGAUUGAAAUAGUCUGAAAAAAAGAACUACUUCAGUCGAAGCUGGAGUGAAAACUCGAUCUUUACGAUUGGAAGAAAUGUCACUCUAAAACGUCUAGUCCCUAGUUUCCGACUGUGGUAGUGAAUCUUCACUGGAAUAGAGUGAAUUUUCACUCUGGAAUUUAGAGAGUAGAGUGACCGCAAGCAAGUUUUCACCCAGCUUGGCAUAGACGAAUCCGGGCACACGAUCACCCUUACUGGAAUGUGUAUCCUUGUGGAGUCAUUUCUUUGUUCUCGUGUACUAAUAUUUUAGAGUUUGAAAAUGUAGUUUCAAAAUGCUCCUAUUUUAAUCAGAAUUAAUUUCCUGGGCUGAAAGUCGGACUUAAUAUCCUUUACAUAAAAUACUUUAAUUGCGACAGAUCAACACACCUGGGAAAUUCCUAGUUUUGAGUAAAAUCCAUUUUCUAUUUCGCGAUAACCUUAUGGAGACGAAAUUGCUCUGUGGAGGCGUAUACAAUCUUUCGUUUCCUAUUAUACACGUCUCCAUAGUGAAUUACGAAACACUAUACAUGUACUCACAAGGCCCCCUUCAAUGAAGAGAUCAAUUGAGCACCACGCUGUUGCACCACGCUGCCACGUGAAGGAUUAUCUGAACAGUAGUAAGCACAAUGCUUUCGCCAUUGAAGAUUGCCUUCGUGAUAGAAAUGACAGCUCGCCUGGAUCGGUCUAUAUACUAAUGGAGAUCAAUGGUCUAUCCUUUGCACACCGACACGGGGCAGGUUCGAGUGCUCGAACUAUCCUUCACGUAAACAUUUGGUUUGGUAUUAUAAUUAUGUGUGCACUUUUUUUUUGUAACUACAUGUAAUGUAGGCCUAAACUAUUGGUUCCGUACAUGGACUUGCAGAGUAUAUGAUGAUUAGUUGAUAUCAAGAUAAGGACAAUGUAAAAGAACAUAUAGGCCUACAAAGCGCGUUUUUUUUCCUUGUUAUACAGCCAACGAUGUUCCUCCUCGUCGCUGUCGAAUGACUGAAUAUCAAGGACGCUAAAGCUUAAAACCUCGCACCUCGUCGUCGUAGAUCAUAAUGUAGGUUUACAGAUGAUUUUAUGCUGUAAUAUGAUUUUAAAUACUUCUUAUUAUGAAAUGGUGAAGGUUGGACAAAAGAGUCAUAUUAAGGUUUGGCAUGGAAUUUCAUCGGAUGACACGUAAGACAACUGCAAAUGUGUCAUUUUACUCAGUCACUAAUGUUGCUUACUCAGAAUGAGUAUUAAAUGAUUAUUUGCAUUCAA